AGGAUGAUUUGCUGAUUGUUAGUUCGACUCCAAGGGAGUAACUAUAAACAUUUUAAGUGAGCAGAAAGCAGAGAAUGUGGAAUUGGUGGAGAUAUGCGUUUGCUUUCGUCAUUGUGGCUGUCUUUUGUCAAGUGCCUAUGUUUUGUACAGCACAAAGUCCUACGUUUAUCAAUAAGACAGACAAAGAAAUUUUAGAUUAUAUUGUAAAUGCAGAGGGAUACGAUCAUAGGAUUAGACCGUAUAAUCACACGCUAGUAAACGUGACAGUAAUGCUGCUAUCGCUAUCUUCACCAGACGAGUCCAGUUUAAAGUACGAAGUGGAGUUUUUACUCCAUCUUUAUUGGACUGAUUAUCGCUUAGAAUUCGAUGAUGGAGGUUCUCAUCAAUAUCUAAACGCUUUAAUGCAUGUACAGAAAAUCUGGUUGCCCGACACGUAUUUCAUUAAGCAUGGAGAAUUCAAGACUCCUCAACCGGAUCACAUGGCUCUGAAGUUGUUCAGAAACGGAACCGUCGUUUAUAUAAUGAGGCGAUAUAUGGUGCUGAACUGUCAGGGAAACUUAGAAAUAUUUCCAUUCGAUAAUCCAAAGUGUCCUUUUGCUAUAGAAAGUGUUUCGCAUGAAGUUUCGGAACUAGAAUUAAAAUGGAACGAGAAUGCUUCCUUUGUUAGUACUAAAGCCCUUCGAUCGCAUAAUGCAUACCUUGUAAAAAAUGAUACUGGAAUAUGCGACAAACAACAUACGUGGAGAGGUAAUUAUAGCUGUUUACGGGUGCUUUUAGUUUUCACAAGAGAUAAAUCCUUUUACUUCAGUACUGUCUUUGUGCCUGGCAUAGUUUUAGUGACAAGUUCUUUUAUUAGUUUUUGGCUCGACGUUAAUGCAGUGCCUGCACGAGUCAUGAUUGGUGUUACGACCAUGUUGAACUUUUGCACUACAACGAACAGCUUUCGCUCUACUCUUCCUGUUGUGUCCAAUCUUACAGCCAUGAACCUCUGGGAUGGUGUCUGUAUGUUCUUUAUCUAUGCCUCCAUGUUAGAGUUCAUUAUUGCAAACUAUUUACAUAGAAAACUACCAAAAGGAUCCCGGCCCUCUUCCAGUACUCAUCAAACCGAUAUGCUAAGGCCUACAGCAACUCUGUCACAAGUAGGAAGAUGGUGUGGCAGUAUAGAAACCAGCAAUCAAAAGAACACAUCAGACAGCAAUGAUAUGAGCAGUUCUAUGGCAAGAGAAAGAGGAACUGAAGGAGUAGAGGGUAGAGCAGGACCUUCGUUGUCAGUGUUUUCCUGGUUAAAGCGUCCACAACUUCUCAUCCAGAAUCCACCUUCGUCUCAGAGGAUUUCUAAGAACAUCGACAAUGUGUCGAGAGCAGUCUUUCCUAUCCUCUUUGGGCUUUUCGUCUUUGGUUUUUUCUUAGCUUACGCCUGUAUUGAACCAAGACGACCGGAGAACUGGAAUCUUAGUUCUGAAAAUGUAGAAUAAGUUACCAAAAAUAUCUUUUGGUUAAAAUGGGCAGAAGGCAUCAAUCUGUGUUUAGUAGAAUGUUAAGAACGAUAAUUAUUUUGCAUCUGAGGAACCUCUUAGAACCCAUAAGAGUUACUGAAGAACAAGAUCGAGUAUGUAUGGGUGCACAUUGCAAAUAUCAUCAUUUAUUUACUUGCUGUAAAUACACAAACAGUUUUUCUAAGAGAAAUAUUAAGAAGAUAGCUUCUCGAGGAAAAUGUUUGUGUUUUUUUCAUACUUUUGAAUUUCUUCAUACACAUCAAUAAGUGCACAUAACAGAAUAAAGACUUCACCAAUUUAUCUCAUAAUUUCCUUAUAUAUUUCUACAUUAUAUGCAUAUGAAUUUACAAUAUUAAUUUCUAUCUUGUUUUCAAGUAGUGAUCAUUUAAACAGAAAUCUAUUCUAUAGCCUGACAUAGCAAAAUAUUAAAAAAAAAAUCAACUCAUUAUAUCAUUAUCCCUUUAUUUAUAAGAUAUUAUCGAUAGAUUGAAUUCGAUGUUUGUUGUGUUUGAAAAAAGAGUUUUGUUUUCUUUAAUAUCAUAGAAUUUUUAAAUUAAUAUUUAGAUAAUUUCCCGAUAAAGGGUAAUAAUUUAAAAACUGAAUUACGUUGUAUAUUAUAGUUUAUUUUCAGUUAUUGUUAAUUGUUGAGCAAGAUUUUGUAUAAAAUUUAUAAGGAUUUAUGUUGAAACAAUCUUAUGUAUUCAUUAUCACUACACAGUACUUGUGUUAUGUUCUAUGUAUGAUUUUCAUCGAUUCAUCUUCUUGUAACUACUUUUAUUAUCUAAACCCUUUCAAGUUACUGGUUAAAAAUUCUGUUUUACCUUGCUUUAAAGACUAGAAUUAAAGAAGGAUUUAGAAAUUAUAUAGAAAGUUGAAUUUAAUAUAGAAGCAGAAAUUUUUAUAUUUUUCUCAUAGUCAUUAUAUUUAAAAAAAUUUAAAUUAUUUCAAAUUAAAAUUUUUAGAUAGAGUAGGGAAAAAAAUAUAUUAAAAAACUGGCCUAUAAAUUUCACUUUUCUACCAAAUAUAGUUAACACGAACACGAAAAAGAGGAACAUAUCUAUGUAUUUCUUUACCUUAAAUUAUAUUAGAUUUUUAUAUAAUUAGACGAAAUUCUUAUAGACAUAAUGUCCACUAAUGGUCCAGCUAGAGAAAAAAUUAAAUAAUAAUUUUUUAGUCUUAAAUUUAAAGAAAAAAAAAACCACUCUCAUAAAUAAUAUUACUGCAAUUGCAGAUUUUUCCAAGUGAGAUAUUCUUCUAAAAAAAAAAAACCAUGAAUGUAAGGUUACCAUCCAAAAACUGUCCGUUUGAAUUGCUUGAGUGUCCUGGAAGUGUUUACACUAUUCACAGUUGCUAACAUAAACUAUGUUUGCAUUUCGUGACCGAUAAUUUGUCACGCAAAAAUUCUGUGCAAGUUUCAUGUGAUAAAAUAGAAAAUAUUUAAAUAAUCAAUGUUUCGCUAUAAAAGUAUCACAUGAUUUAAAUAUAGAUGUUUAUCAGAGAUUAUUAAAAGAAUGUUGGAAAAAAAA